AUGUAUGAGAACCAGCUGUCCAGCCUUCAGGGGACUGUUGUCCCGGUCUUCUAUGGCUUAUACGAGACGGUCCACGAGGGUGAUACGCUUGGAUGUCUUGUUCUGGAGGACUGCGGGGAACCUCCGGCUGUUAUUUUCCCAUACCUACCCGUCGCCACCAGAUUGACUAUCCUGCGGAAGCUCCAGGAAAUACACCGCUGUGGUAUUAUCCACGAAGACUUCCGGGUACCGAACGUACUCCUCCGCGGACGGGAUGUUCGUAUCAUUGACUUCGGCAGGGUUUCUCCGCAUAAGGGCGAGUGCAAGAUGGAGAUUCGAAGGGAUCUGACGCCAUGGGAGCAUGUCAUUGAUGUGGACUGCGAGGACAUCUACUGCUACUGCGAAGAUUUCCAGAUAUGGAGCAAAAAUGUGACGAUUGGCCAAAGCGUCUUUCCCCCCGAUGGCCUACCCCCACAAGAAGCCGUAGACGAGCUCAUCUCCCGACGACGUACUCGUUUCGACAACGAGGACCAACGCCGGAUGUUGUUUGGUCGCCUUCGCGAGGUCAGCAUCGAGCUGGAGAAGGGUAUCCCAAUCGAAGACAUCAAAUGGGACAUUGUCUUCAUAGCGGGGCGUCCCAUUCGACCGGCUUCCGAUUAUCCACCUCAGGAAUUCAUCGAUUCUGUGCUGCGCCGUCUCUCCGUGUAUGAGGGCACUGACGGCACCCCUCAGCAGGUGGAGAGUAUUUUGCACAUACUGCGGGAAGCGAAGCUGCCGCUCUCCGAUGGUUCCGUGACGAGCGAGGAAGUGGAAGCAAAGGUUCGCGAGGCUCUGCACUUCACUAAUCGCGACCGAGUACUGCACCGUACGUCUAUAGCGUCUCACUAA